GUUUUAAAUGCUUUGCUUUCAAAAUCUACAGCACUUCUUGCAGGGCUCAUUUUAAGAACAUCCUGUUGCUGCAGGCAGUAGCGACACGUGACUGUUCAGUAAGAUGGCUUCCCAGGAAUGUAAAUGGUUUCUGGUUUCUGAUCAGGUGAAGUGCAUAGAAGGGUAAACUAGAAUGCUUAAAACAAUCGGUCAGUCCUCAUAGUUUUGCUAUCAAAUGAAAAGCUUGUGGGACAAAUUAGAAAGUCCCUUCUGUCUAGGUAUUCCAGUGAUAGUACCUGAACUGUGUCUUAAAAUGGUGCUGUAGUUUAGGUGCUUGGGUGUGAAACGCUGCUGUUAAUGAGUUAAGGUCUAGCUUCCCAUCUGGUAACCUGGUUACCUUGCCCUCGAUUUCUCUCUCCUCCAGACAAAACAGUAGCACCCACUUGAAAACAUAAGUGCCUUCUGAUCUUCCCUAAAGCUAAAUAAAAUGUUUAAAUAGACUUCCCCUGAUUUCUUAUGUAUGAUCAUGUGAGGGGGUAAAAAAACAAACAAAAAAACCCACCUCAAACAGUAUAUAAUGGAACUGGCUGAUUUGUUGUAGCUGUAGAUACUGAUCUUCAUAAUAGUUAUACUGUCUGAAAAAUCUUGUUUCCUAGCAACAGGUUGCAGAGUAUUUCCAGCUGACAAUAUACAACUGAAGAAUUGGAGAAUAUGUCUCAAUGCACACAUACUCUCCUGCAAUUUGAGUAUACCUGGGCAGGUGCGCAAAAUGUUGGAUCGUCAGGUACAGUUAUGAAAACAACACUGCUGAAAUUCUAUACUAAUCUGGUAAUAUAUAAGAAUCUGUAACAAAACGUCUUCCCCACUGUAAGUCAUUUAACUGUGGGCCGCGGAAGCAAUGACAGUCUAUGUAUUUUUUUUUUUUUCUGUUAAUUGCGAAAAGCAGACUCCGUGCGGCAGCUGUAACUAGAAAAAUAAAGUGUAACAAGAUAGUAUUGGCGGACUGUCAAUCAAAGCAAAAAUUCACAAAUCAGAGCUCACAGAUUGCCAAUGUGUAGGCGGGAUGUAGAGUGAGAGCUUUGACGAUAGGGCAGUGGUAAGGUCAUUUGAUUGCUAUGCUGGCAGAUGUAAAAAGUGUGUUCAGUAUUAAUUAAAUUACAAUAUGUCGAAUCUUCUAACAAAUGAUAUGUUUUGCAAAGUAUAAAGAAAAGGCAGCUAUAGGAGUGUGAAUGCAUUUGUACAUACCGGUAAUUGAUUUGUUAAAUGGGAUUUUGCAAGUUGUAUUUGGUUGCACAAUUAGUGGCGAGUAAUUUAUGCAAGGCUGGACAGUUUAGGUAGAUUUAUACUGUUACAGGUUUAAACAUAUAACAUGCUUUUAAUGUGAGAUUUCCACAUCAAGGAGUGCUAAUAGUGCCUAAUGCAGAUGAACAGGUUGGACUCGGGUUUAAAAAAAAAAAAAAAAAAAAACAAUGCGCACAUCAUACAUCAAAAACUAAAUUUCACAAAAACAGCGAUCGGAAUAUUUCAUAAGCUUGUGCUAUUUCAAUUGAACACUACAGCCCCCGAUUGAUCUUUAGACUAGUGCCCUCUGUUUGGAGCACGGCGCUGACCUUGUUGAAAUGAUAUAUAAUUAUGUCUAUCGGUUUGUCUGUCUUUUACACGUCUAUUACACCCAUUCACAUGUAAUGAAAUAAGUCUUACGGUUUAAAGUGUUAAUUUAAACAAUGUCAUAGUUUUUAAUGCAAGCAUUUACUUUAUACAGUUAUCAUACCACAUAAAAAAAAAAAAAAAAUAAGCAAGAUGUUUGUCAAAUGUAGUGUGGACGCGCGGACUUGUGUUUUAUUUUAUUAAUACUAUUUAAAUCUGGGAUGUUAAUUGUGUAUUAAACAACACAAGCCACGACAUUGCAAAUUUAAUUUAGUAGGAAAUUAAACCAACGUGGUUCACGGUUGCGCAGCACAUUCCGUAAAUACGGUAUUUUCGAUUCCAGCUCAAGUAUCGUCUGUCAGCUGAUUCGUGUUGGCGAGCAAAAAAAAAAGAGAGAAAAACACAGAAACAUGGCGGCUGAGAUUCACUCCAGACCCCAGAGCUCUAGACCAGUUCUUUUAAACAAGAUCGAGGGCCACCAGGACGCUGUGAAUGCGGCGGUUUUGAUCCCGAAAGAAGAUGGGGUGAUCACUGUAGGAGAAGAUAGAACAAUACGAGUAUGGCUGAAGAGAGACAGCGGGCAGUACUGGCCAAGCAUCUACCACACUGUGUCCUCGCCUUGUUCAUCCAUGUCAUAUCACCAUGACAGCAAACGCAUUUUCAUUGGACAGGACAAUGGAGCCAUAGUAGAAUUUGAAAUCUCUGAAGACUUUAAUAAGAUCACUUUCGUCAAAACCUACCCAGCUCACCAGAGCCGUGUUUCUGCCAUCGUGUAUUGCCCAGAAAGUGAGUGGGUAAUCAGCACUGGUCAUGAUAAGAGUGUGAGCUGGAUGUGUUCCAGGAGUGGCAGCAUGCUGGGGAGACACUACUUCAGCUCCUGGGCCUCCUGCUUGCAAUUCGAUCAUGACACAAAGCAUGUCUUCGUAGGGGAUUACUCUGGGCAGAUAACAUUGCUGAAACUGGACCAGAAUACUUACUCCAUCAUAACCACACUGAAGGGACAUGAAGGCAGUAUAGGAUCUCUGUGUUGGGACCCUGUCCAGCGGCUGCUAUUCUCUGGAGCGUCUGAUCACAGUGUUAUCAUGUGGGACAUCGGGGGGCGGAAAGGAAGAAUGCUGCUGCUUCAGGGCCACCAUGAUAGAGUGCAGUCCCUGUGCUAUCUGCAGCUAACUCGGCAGCUGGUCUCCUGCGCUGCUGAUGGAGGGAUCACAGUGUGGAACAUGGACAUCAGCAGAGAAGAGGCUCCUCAGUGGCUGGAGAGUGACUGCUGUCAGAAGUGUGAGCAGCCCUUUUUCUGGAACCUGAAGCAGAUGUGGGACAGUAAAACCAUCGGCCUUCGACAGCAUCACUGCAGGAAGUGUGGCAAAGCCGUGUGUGGGAAGUGUAGUUCAAAGCGGUCGACCUACCCAGUCAUGGGCUUCGAGUUCCAGGUGCGCGUCUGUGAUGACUGCUACGAGACCAUCAAAGAGGAGGACCGUACCUCCCUGGCCACGUUUCAUGAAGGCAAACACAACAUCUCCCACAUGAACAUGGACUCCUCCAGGGGGCUCAUGGUGACCUGUGGCAGCGACCGGGUUGUAAAGAUCUGGGAUAUGACACAGGUGGUUGGCUGUAGCUUAGCAACAGGCUUCUCUCCCCGCUGAGCAUCAUUAUCCCAGAGAGCCGUACCCCAGCCCUUCGGACUGAAGUUACCAAGGAAACACUUUUUAAACCCUUUCCUUUCCUUCUGGAACAUUUGACAUUUCAAAACAACCACUGCUUUGAAGACAUAUUUAAAGGAGCACUGCAUUAUGACUUCUAGGUCACUCUGGGCAGAAAGUUAUACAUUCAUUAUACAUUCAAUUAGAAACUCUGCAAAGCACUGCAUAGUGAAUAUGUCAUAGCCUGAGAAAUCAGAUGCUUCUUGUUUUAAGUAGAUUACUCAAUGUAUUUGCCUCCUCAGAUUUUUAGAAUUGCCCAGGACACAGUGAAGGCAAUGAAGUUGCAAUGCACAGCUAUGGCCAAAGGUUUUGCGUUUCAGUCCUAAAACUCUAGGUGCUGCAAAACUUUUGGCCAGAGCUGUAGUCUGUGUUACUAUUAGAAUUUCUGAUUUGUACUCCAAAAAGUAUAUAUGUGUCUAAGUAAAUAUGUGAUAAAGAGCAAACUCAUUGCCUCAUGUGACUGUUCUGGAUGCAGGAAUGUAGUGGUUUAAAAGAAGAAAAAAAAAAGAUACUCCAACUGAUAAAAUAGAUUGUUCACUAAACAAGAUUCUGUUUGUUGUGACACAUCACGCUGUUCUGCUCUUACCGGCUUCGUAUUAUUGUAAAAACUUUCUAUAGUGUGUAAAAAAUAAAAAUAAAAAUACAACAAGAAUAGUUUGUAAUAAACUGACACACCUCACCAUGCGCUCACUCUUUUUCCAUUAGUAUUGAAUUUAAAGUUUGCCGUUGGUAGUUUACAUGAAGUAGUUUACUAUAUAAUGACACUGGUAUUAUUGUAAGUACUAUGUUCCUACAUUAGCAUAAAGACUCACACAGUUGGCUUAUAUAAUAUAUGGAUGCACUGUUAGAAAUGUGUCACAAGUUAGCUUGUUAAACAGCAGGUGUUAUUGUUGAAAAUGGGGCGCUCUGUAUAUUGCACACAGAAUACAAUAGUACUACAUGUGUUUUUCCAUAGUACAUAGUAUUGUAUCAAAUGCUAGUCCAUAAAUGUCCCCCACAGAUAAUUUAAGGUGGUUUGUUGAUGGUUCAUUAGUCUUCAGUUUUUUUUUUUUUUUUUUUUUUUUUUUUACCUGGGGUAUUGCACAUAAAAUCUUCAGUGCCGUGAAUCACUACCCUGGAAUGUAACAGUCCGGUCUUCAGAGCCAAUGUCAGGCUUAAUAUGAUGCUCAGAUAUGGCAGGUUUGCAAAUUUACUUUCUGUAUGGCCUAGUUCUAUCUCUCGCAAUGCUAGCCUGUAGGAAAUGUUGUGAGUUUUUUUUUUCAGUAAUCUUUGUCUUAAUUUUAACUGAAUCAAAUUAAAAAGGGGUGCCUAGUUUUCAGUAAAUGAAUGCACUGGUUGUGCACAACUUUGCUUUCGAAUGCCACUUAAAUAUGUUUUUACACUAAAUUGUCUAGUAGUCAUGUCCUAAUUGGAGACCUGAGAUGAUAACUGAACGGCAUUGCCUCAACUGGAGAUAGAUAUAUUAGAAAGCCACGAUGUACACCAAUACAUAAUCUCACUCACAAUUACACCUAGAUGCACAGCAGUGCAAUCCCAUGCCAGCCAGGCAUUUCAGGAUCACUCAGUCCUACUUGAUUCAGGGUGGUGGGGUGCCCUUUAUUAAUUGGCAUUAUGUAGAUGAGGAGAUUUUAAGCAUUCAAAUACCCCAACAGUAGUUUUAUUUUUUUAAUUUUUUUCUGCUGAAUAAAGACCAACAUCAAAAAUGCAUUAAGAAGCUGUGUUCAUGUCACGCUGUGUGCCCCUCUGUUGUACAUAGUGGCUUUCUACUGUAAUGGCAGUUCUGAGAACUGUUGUUAUUUUUAACGAUUAGUUUCUAUUGAAAUGGUACUGUACUAAAUACUGCUGCAACACUAAUAGCCCAAUGCAUUCUACACUGUCGCAUUUUACAAUAAAUGAUAACUUCUCAGUACUGUGUGUCUGGAUUUCCUGCACAACUCAAAUGUACUAGCAUUUUAAUUUUACUAGACCAUUUAUUCUUUACAGAUUAAUUUAGAUGUGUAGAUUUGUCAUGUUUAAUUUACCGGUUUACCUUGAAUGGUGAAAGCAUCAUGUUAAAGAUGUUCUGUGAUUCUUUCUCAUUUAAUAUUUAUAGACAAUUUACAACACAAUGCUUUAAAAUAUUCUCCCCAAGCAAAAAACGUUGCUAAGAUGCACAAGCUGUGCAUUAAUCCUCAGUAUUUAAGCUCUGUUCCUCUCUC